UUAAAGCGGCCGGUCCCUUCCUUCCAUUUUCUCGGUUUCUCCGAGCGGACUCGGCGGCUUUUCCGGGUUCGCCUUUAAACCCGGUUAUUAUCAGCAGAGAGAGAUAGAGACAGAGAGAGAGCAGUACAGCAACACAGCCCAGCCCAGCCCAGUCCGCUAAACACACCUAAACCGCCCGGCACACCUAACAUGGCUCUCAAAAGAAUCCACAAGGAGUUGAAUGAUUUGGCCCGCGAUCCACCAGCACAGUGUUCAGCAGGUCCAGUUGGUGAUGACAAUUUUUAAAAUUCUUUCUGCAGUGUUCCACUGGCAGGCCACAAUAAUGGGACCGAAUGACAGUCCUUAUCAGGGUGGUGUAUUUUUCUUGACCAUUCACUUCCCCACAGAUUACCCCUUUAAACCACCUAAGGUUGCAUUUACAACAAGAAUUUAUCAUCCAAAUAUUAACAGUAAUGGCAGCAUCUGUCUUGAUAUUCUACGGUCGCAGUGGUCCCCAGCAUUAACUAUUUCAAAAGUUCUUUUGUCCAUCUGUUCACUGUUAUGUGAUCCAAAUCCAGAUGAUCCCCUAGUGCCUGAGAUCGCACGUAUCUACAAAACAGAUAGAGAAAAGUACAACAGAAUAGCUCGGGAAUGGACUCAGAAGUAUGCAAUGUGAUUACAUUAAAAUGUUGACGAACCUCUUAUACAGCUGGGGGAACUUGCAAAACAAAUUUCUUUGGUUUCCAUUUGACUGCUUUAUUUGAGCCCACGCCUCUUCCCCUGUGCACAUGUUCACCUGAUCCAGCAGUGCUGCGUUGUUUUGUGUACAUAUUUGGAACAGCUGAUAGAAAUGCCCCUUUCUCAAUUGUUUGAAAUUCUGACUACUUACAAAGCAAGUGUUAAUGUCCAGUUCUUCGAUCAUAACAUUUUUUGUGAGACUAAAAGCAUUCCUAGUCAUUGUGACAAGAUUGUUUAAAAAUUCAGGGUUUAAGUGCUUCCGGGGAUGGGAACUUUUCCUUUUAUAAGAUGUAUGUUGGAAUUCUUUUAAACUCAUAAUGGUUAUGAAUAAUAGAAUGAAGAACUUUAAUUUGUUUAAUGUUUUGCAAUUUUUAUGCUGAAGAAUGCAAAUCUACAUUCUAGUUAAACGUUGGAAUGGAAAGUUGAAAGCAUACUUUUCCUAUGAAAUUGAAUAGCCAUUUGAAUUGUCUCCCUCAACAGUUAAUGGAUUGGAGCUAUUAGUUAGCCAGUCAUUCAAUUUUCCUAUACCUUUUUGGGUUUAUAUUUGGCUUACAGUGAAUGAGUAGCUAAUAGCUCUAAUUUUUUUUUUGUUUUUGUUAACUAAUCUUAGAAGCCUCAUCUGGAUGUAAGGGUAAAAAUUCAUGACAGAACUUGUGUAUAUUUAAUGACCCAAAGGCUCUCCUGGAGCUUGUAUGUUCAAAAUGAUUAAUCUGUGUAAUAAACUGAUUACUAAAGUCAUUAAGUAUUUCUCUGAACAGGAUAAAAGACAAAUUGAAUGCUGCCAUCUUCAGUAACUAAUUUUAAGAAUGGUAGCACUUAAGUUCAAGUAAUGAGCAUGUGGCAGCUAAGAUCUUAAUCCACAAUUGUGUUUAAUGGUAACUUCUGUUUCCAGUGACAAACUUGUUAGAGUCCUCCUAUCUCAAGUCUGGUAAUUACAUGGUGGAGAUUUGUAUCUCGACAGCCAAAAAUUUGUAUCUUAACCAUGUUUUUUUUUGUGGGCAUUUCGCCUACUAGGUCAUUUUAUUUUCCCCCUAGAAAAUUGUAUUGGACCUGAUGAAGUUGCAUUUCAGAUCUUCAUAAUGCAGCAACAGUGCAUAAUUGCAUAAAUCUUGCAGCUGCACAAUGAAUUCAUGAAAUAUUCAUUCUGAUUUAUGUAAAACUUUGAUCUGGAUUUGGAAAUUGACUCUUGCCAUAUGUACCCUGCAUGUUCACCUAUGAUGCAUUAGAUAUGCUAUAGCUGCGAUGCAAUGAAGUUGCUGUCCCCCAGAUAAAGUUUCAAUUUGAAUUCUAUGAACUUUUUUCUAUCCAUUUAUUCUUGGAGGGAGGACUGCUUUUUUGGGAGGGCCGUUAGGUACUUUUAAUUGUUUCUUCACCCACCCUAAUAAAUGUUAAUAUUUUUCUUUGUAAAAUUUGCAUAUUAUAGAUUCAGAAUAGGAGCCCAUUGAACCCUGUGUGCCUGUACCAGCUCAUUUGAAGGAGCUAUCUAGGUAGUUCCAUUUCUUUGCCUUUUUCACCAUUGCCCUGCAAAUCCUUCCCCUUCGAGGUAUUUAUCCCAUUCUCCUUUGACCUUUAUUGAAUUUGCUAACACUAUUCAUCAUUUUCAGGCAGUGUAUUCUAGAUCACAAGCUGCUGCAUGUUAUCCAAAAAACUAAUUUUGUCUCUGGAUCUUUAACCAAUCAUCUUUUAAAUCUGUGUCCUUCGAUUACCAAUUCAUCUACCACUUGUUUACUCUAUCAAAACCCCCUACAAUAUUGUGAAUAUUUCUACUAAAUCUCCCUUUAACCUUUCCUGCUCUAAGGUGAAUAGCCCUAACCUUGCUCGUCUCUCCACAUCCUUGGUGCCAAUCUAGUAAAUUCUCUGCAUUCUCCAAGCCAUGACAUCCUUCCUAAAGAUGUGGUGCCCAGGAUUGACCACAAUACUCCAGCUGGGCCCUAACUAAUGUUUUGUAAUAGUUCAGCUUCACUUCUUGCAUUUGUAUAUUUGUUCUGAUAAAGUGUAGAAUCCAACACUUUAAUGACCACCUCAACCUGCCCAGCCAGCAUCAAAGAUUUGAGUUUAUGUGGCUUGGGUGUCUCUAUUCUUGCACCUUUUAAAAUUCAAUGCAUAUUGCCACUCAUUCUGCCUAUCAAAAUGAUCACUUCACACUUUUCUGUUUAAUUGUGUCCGUUCAUUUCAGCAGUAGAAAAGCCCUCCUGAGGUCUGUUGCUAUACUCCUCACUGUUUACUAAGUUUCCAAGUUCUGUGUCAUCUGCAAACUUUGCACCCUGUCCACCCAAAUCUAGGUCAUUAAUAUAUCAAAAAGAACACAGAUGCUGAUAGCAACCCUGGGGAGAACACCAGGCACACACUAUACUUUUCCCUAGUCUGAAAAGCAGCUACUCUUCAUAGUUCUCUGCUUUCUGCCUCUUGGCUAAUUUCAUAUUCGCAUUCCCAGAGUCCCUUUUUAAUUCAAUGAGCUUCAAUUUUGCUAAUAAGUCUCUUACAUGAUACUUUAUCAAACUCUGUACGCACAACCACAAACUUCAUUAAAACUCAAAUUAAGUUGAGCAGCCACAAUUUGCCUUUAACAAACUUUGGUGGCUGUCGUUCACAAUUUUUAUUUCCUCAUCAGAAUUUUUUUCCCCCUCUGCUUGUUAGUUUCCUUGUCUCAGACAUUCAGCUCAUUGGCAUGUAGUUGCUGGAUUUAUUCUUUUUAUUUGAACCAGAGUGUAACAUUUUCAAUCCUCUAAUCCUCCGUCACUGCUUUUUCUAAGGAGGAUUGGGAGAUUGUGGCCAAAGCCUCUGAUAUCUCCACCCUUUAUUUAUUUUAUUCUGCUACACUGAAUGCAUCUCAUCUGGACCGUGUGACUGCAAAUAUAAAGCAGUUUUUAGAGGCUUGCCAUGUUUUUCAACUAGAAGAGCCCUUUUAUGGAAGGUACAUCUGCAGCUACUGGACUUAACUGUUGUUGAUUUAUAGCAUUGAAGGAUUUUGCAUCAACUAGAAGGCUAUCCUGCCUUGCCAUGGCCUUACGCAUCUAUUCAAGAUUGAAGACUCAAUAGUUAUUUUAAAAAUUCAAUGGUCUAGUUCUUUUCUGGCCAGGUUGCUCAUGUUUUUCAUGAGUUAUUUUUGGUCCCUGCUCUAGCCCCAACAUUUGCUUCCAGUUGGCUUUAUGAAGAAGUUUAUUUUGCAAGUAUUUAAAACCCCUUAAGAGUAAAACUGGAUAAUGCGUUGAAAUGGUAGAUUUUACAAGGAUAUGGUAUGAUGUCCAGCUGUUUGGAGGGUAUUGCCAUAUAACCAGGCUGAAAUCAUUAUGAUUUUUAUAGACAAAUGCUGAUUUAGUUUAUCUCUAACCCCUUUUGUGUAUGUGUACAAAAAUAUACAAGUUUAUUUUAAAUGUAACUUGUAGGUAAGGCUGUAAGUUACUUUUACACAUACUGGCAUUUUAGAGUGUUGCUAUCAAAUCCAAACCAUUAAAGGAACAUGGUCAAUGCUC